AUGACGAUCAUUUCCAAGCCUGGCAUCUACAUCCGUCAGUUCCGUGACGAGGACCUACUUGAAGUCGCCGACAUUUUCGAGUAUGGUAUGAUGCUGUACUCCAAAAACGACCCGGUCUCCAAUUCUCGCUGGGCGGACUACGUGCAUAAGAGCCUCAAGACCGACCUCGCCGAUAUCGAAGGCACGUACAUGAAGCCUGGCGGCAACUUUUGGGUCGCGACGGUGGAAGACAACAACGGAGAAAGAAAGGUCGCCGGUAUGAUCGCUUUGGAGCCCAAAGGCAAUGGACAUGGCGAAGUUCGACGUGUUUCGGUGCAUCCUGGCUACCAACGCAUGGGUAUUGGCCGCAAGUUGAUGACACAUUUACUGCAGUGGGCAAUGACACACCACUUCAAGACUCUGACACUCAUGGCAUCGUACACGGAGAAGACGUCUGCCGUGAAGUUUUACACUUCGUUUGGCUUCGAAUUCGGUGAAACCUUUAUGCUUUGGGAGAACCCUUCUCACGAGGCUUUCUGGAUGACGAAGGUCCUGCCGUAG